GGUUGGAAGAAUACCAGGUUAAGGAGUAUAUAUGUAUCUCUCUGGCCUAUGAUCUCAUUAAAUUUAGCAAAUUCUACUUCCAUUCGGUUUCUCAAUUAUUCCCUGUUACAAUUCUCUCAUUUCCACCCAUCUCUAAAGUCUUUCUACUGUUUCUACUGCAUGGAACUACUCACCCUUGACGAUUUCAAGCACACAAAGUUUGAUCCCAACUGCACUCCUUUCCAUUACUUGCUAGAGGUUGCCAGAGUUGGCCAACAGAAACUGCGCAACGGAGAAGAAAAGAAAGGGCAUAAUUCGUACUUGAAGUGUUUCCUGUACAAUGUACCACAUCUUCAAACCCUGUGCGAAGAAGAGAAUAUUGGUUUCAAACAGGGGAAGAAUGUUGGACUGAAAAGGAAACUCAAACUCAAAGAAGCAGAUGUUGAUGAAGAAUCGAAAGGACUGACAUUGAAGAGACGCAAGAAAGAGAAACUUGUUUGCGCAAUCCCUUCGCCAGACCUGCCUGAGAGCUUUAAACAACAUAUAGUUGAAAACAUGGGUGGCUCCGAUUGGGUUUUGGUGAUACAAAAGCAAGUCUUUUACUCUGACGUGAACCCUCAAGCCAGUCGCUUCUCCAUGCCGUUUUCACAACUCAAAACUCAUGAGUUUCUCAAUAAAACAGAGGCUGAGGAUUUGGAGGAUGUAAACAACGCCUUGGAAGUGUGCUUGUUAGAACCAUCAAUGAAGGAAACUACUGUGACUUUUAAAAGGUGGAAAUAUAGAGGGAAAAGUUCAAGCUAUGUCAUGACCCGCACGUGGAACUCAGUUGUCAAGAAUAAUCGACUAAAGAUUGACGACAUUGUGCAGCUCUGGUCUUUCCGGGUGAAAUCAAAGUUGUGCUUUGCACUUGUAAAAGUCCAAGUUUCAACAAGAAACUAAGGGAAUGCCCACUGUGGCAAGGACAAUCGGAAGUAAGAUGGGUAUUGUUAUCUUAAGUUGUGCAUUUUCUGAUGCAUUCUGACUUUUUGAACUUUUGACAUAUAGACCGUAUAAGGAAAAUGCUAAAGUAUCUGACACUUUUGUCUGAUUACUCAUAAAGUUGUAAUUUGUUGCACUCAUGUCAUUGGUAAGUAGUGUGAUCAUAAAAUAACAUCAUUCUUGACAACGUUAUGGUUUUUGGUAUUUGUUGAUUCAAUGAAUUUUUGCUGGCUCUUUAUCUUUCUGUCUUGCCAAGUUGAAGCUGCUUGAUCAUUUGCUUUUUGAAAUG